CAUACAUACAUUCCACAAUAAAACCCCUCGAAAGAUUACCCAAAGAAAAGAAAAAUGCCCGCCCUCCUCGAAGACCCAACAACCAUCCUCCCGGCACCCCCCGCUGCGAAAGCCGCCGCGAAGCAGCUCCACCCACGGCGCGCGGUGCUGAAGGACUCCACGGCGGUGACAUUAUACCCGAUCACCAACGGGCCGUUCGGCGUACCGGCCUCGUUAAUCGAAUACCUGCACCGCGAGUUCAGCGAUGAGAUCGUGCGCGGCAGCACCUACCCGAUGGAAGAGCCGAUGUCGCUGGACGUGUACCGGGGGUACUGGUUCGGGACGUUCGCUGUUGUUGCGCUGGUUGAUGAGGAUGAGUUCCCUGAGGGACUUGUUGAGGGACGGGAUUGGGAGAGGGUGUGUUUGGGGACGUUUUAUGUUAAGCCUAAUUAUCCUGGCCGCUGCUCGCAUGUUUGUAACGCGGGGUUCUUUACGACGCCGGCGGCGAGGGGCCGCGGGGUCGGUAUGGUGAUGGGGCAGACGUAUUUGGCUGUUGCGCCUGUUUUGGGCUACAAGUACUCGGUGUUCAACCUCGUGUUCGCGAACAACGUCGCUUCGAUCAAGAUCUGGGAGAAGCUCGGGUUCCAGGUUAUCGGGCGGGUGCCGCGCGCGGCGCGACUGGCGAACAGUGCUGAGUUGGUGGAUGCGUUGAUCAUUGGGCGGGAUUUGGUAUAACUCUCCGAGGUCUCUGGUAUGAGGUUGAGGUGGCCAGGGAGUUGAAAGCAAGGGGGAUCCGGGAGUUCUCCCCCGAGAACACCUACAUCCUGGCUCAGGGUUGAGGUGCCAGGAAGCUGAAAGAAAAGGGGGGCCCGGGGGUUCUCCCCCGGGACGCUUAUGCCCCAGUCUAAGGAUUGAGGUUGCUGGGAAGCUGAAAACAAAGGGGGGUCCGGGGGUUCUCCCCCGGGACGCCUUUAUUCUGUAUUUGCAUG